AUGGCUGAAUGCAACUUAUCGGCAACGAAAUUAGAUGAAAUACAAAAUCAUGAUGAUUUUAUAGUUGUUUGGUUCGGUUUAGAUUCAACAGAACUAGAAAAUUUUGUCGACUAUUUCAAGAAAUACGAUAUAUUUGAAGUUGCUACCAAUUAUAUAACAAAGAUUCAAAGUGAACGUAAAAUAUUUCUUGUUUUAGCCAAGUUCUUUGCAGAUGUGUCAUAUUUUAAUGAUUGUCAUCAAAUUCAAGCAAUCUAUAUUUUAAAGAAAUAUUCUCCAAAUGUCAACUAUGAACAUUCAAAAUUGGUUGGCACUUCCACUGAUGAUUCUACAUUCAAUAAUGUACUACGUUGA